ACGAGAGUUUAGUUGGGCAUUUUCUACACGCUGAUCACCAGCUAUAUCAACACUAGCUAACGAUAAUUCCCAAGCUAAAUAUCAAGCCAACCGAAUGCAUAUCUACCGCGAUCUACCAUUGUAGUCCGCUAGCUAACACCAGUACACCAAGGAACAACGAAGACCGGAAGUAUUGCGUUUACUGGGUAGCUAACGCGUGAAUAAUCGCUACUCAUAGAAUAGCACCAAAGCCACACUAAUGAGUUUGACGGCGUUUCUGUGCCGCAUUUUAUCAUGAAAUGGCUGCUGGUUCCACAGAGAGCAAAUAUAGACUGAAACUUAGCUAGCAUGAUGGCGGACUACAUGUUAGCUAGUUUAGGAUGACCGACGUCCAUUUUAAAGUCAACAUUACCGCACGUUUAGUCUGUACCUACGUUAACAACGCAACGGGGUGGAAUUUAUCCACGUGAAUUAAUGGCCCGCUUCGUAUAUCAAUCACACACUAUUUUAACGAUAUGAAAGCACGCGUGAUGGUUUGAACACCGUGUGCUAGCACAACACGUCCACGGCUAGCUAGGCCCAACACCGUCAAACAAAAAGCGGGGGGGUUCUAGUCUGCCAUUUAGCUACACUUGUAUUAAAGGUAAAAGGUUAGCUACAAUCUUAACUUGUCUGUGGGAUCAGAAUUGCAGCCAUUGGCGAGCUGAGACAACGUUCUUAUAAAAGUGAAAGUAAAGCAUACUGAUCAGUGAUAAACAGGAAGGCCUAACGCCAGUCAUCGUUGCCCAGCACGGUUGACUAGUUAAUCGUCAAUUGGGGUAUUCAGUUCUUGGAAUUAGCCAUUAUUACGUUCAGAACUAUAAUAGUUUUCGCCAAGAUUUUUAGUCGGGCAAUUAAAAUGGAUAAAUUGCUUUCCCAAUUUAUGGCCAUCGCGAACAAUUGCCGAGAUGGUUGAGUAGGACCAGCCUGGUGACAGCAGCGGUGUGGCUGUGAGGAUGGGUGAGUCAGGCUUGGCGCAGAGGGCUGAGGACUGGCUGCGCUCCACUUGGCACGUGCAGGUGCCCUCUGUCUGGGUGGAGGCCUGUGUGGCCUGGGUGCUGCAGGGGGCUGGGGGAGCGCCCGUUUCCCAGGCCCAGGUCAACCGGCAGGCCCUGGAGCAGUGGCUCCUCACGGACCUGCGGGACCUGGCGCACCCCUCGCUGCCCCCGCUGGGACGGGCCCCGAAGGCGGAGCUGAGCGGCAGCUUCUGCGUGCAGAUGGACUCGGCGCUGGACGUGAGCCGCCCGGCCUACUCCCAGCUGCAGCAGCGCCGGGGGACGGACUGCGCCAACGAGCGGGUGUCGGCGGCGACGCAGGCCACGCAGCGGCCCUGGGAGGCCACGCCCACGCGCGUGCUGAUGCUGCAGCUGACGGACGGUGUGCAGGACCUGGAGGCCCUGGAGUACCGGCCUGUGCCAGCCCUGAGCGCGGACCUCCCGCCCGGCACCAAGCUGCUCCUGCAGGGGGCGCUGGAGUGCCGCUUGGGCGUGCUCCUGCUGACGCCGGCCAACGUGCGGGUGCUGGGAGGGGAGGUGGAGGAGCUCCGGAACAUCCUGUCCCAGACCAGGGUGCUCGCCAGGGUCCUGGGGCUCCCCGAGGAAGACCAGCAAGCGGUCCAGGCCCGGGGGGCAGAGCCAGGCCCCAGGGACGUGGGCGUGUCGGACGAGGAGCUGCUGGCCAGCCUGGAGGCGGUGGCGGACAGCGGGUAUGGCAGCAGGAACGAGCGGCCGCACCCCAGCCCCGCCCCCCAGCGCUCUGUCGCCCCCGCUGAUUUUGAUGAAGACUUUGACGACCUUCCACUGGACGAGCUGGACAGUGUCAUCUUCCAGGAGGAAUACAGCCCCGCCCGGGAGGCGGAGCCUGAGCUAGUGGAGGUGGAGCCUAGAACAAGUGGGGUGGGGCAUGUGCCAGAGGAGUCCAGAACAAGGGGGGUGGGGCAUAGACCAGUGGAGGUAGAGCCUAGAACAAGUGGGGUGGGGCAUGGGCCAGAGGAGUCUAGAAAGAGGAGGGUAGGGCCUGAGCCAGUGGAGGUAGAGCCUAGAACAAGUGGGGUGGGGCAUGUGCCAGAGGAGUCUAGAACAAGGGGGGUGGGGCAUGGGCCAGAGGAGUCUAGGAAGAGGAGGGUAGGGCCUGAGCCAGUGGAGGUGGUGCCAAGAACAAGGGGGGUGGGGCAUGGACCAGCAGAGGUGGAGCCUAGAACAAGGGGGGUGGGGCAUGGGCCAGUGGAGGUGGAGCCUAGAACAAGGGGAGUGGGGCAUGGGUCAAUGGAGAAGGAGCCUAGAGCAGGGGAGGGUAGGUCUGGGGUGGUGCCUGUGUUGGGCAGUGUGUGUGUUGGUGGUGGGGACAGAGACCCAGGAGCUGACAGGGUGUGUGCAGUGAAACCCAAGAGCAGGGCAGGUGCUGGGCCCGUGGGGCAGGGCGGAGCAGGGGAGGCGUCGUCUCCCCAGGGGGCCUUGGAGGGCGGGGCUGGCGCGCUCACCGCGGCGACGGACUCCAUCACUCCGCCGUUCACCUACCUGUGCGUGCUGGCGAGGGGCGGGGCCAGGCGGGCGCGGGUGAAGGCCUUCAUCAUCACCCUGCAGGGCAGCCUGCGGAGCAGCUCCGGGGCCUGGCAGGUUGGCGCCACCGUGUCGGACGGCACGGGCUACCUGGACGUGCGGCUGUCGGACGGCGUGCUGGCCGGCCUGAUUGGGUUCUCGGUGGCGGAGUCGCGCGCGCUGCGGAAGGAUCCGGAGCGGCAGCACCAGGUGCAGCGGGGCCUGCAGCGCUGCCAGGGCGCGCUGGUGGACAUGUGCUGCCUGAUGACCCUGCAGUACGACCCCGCCGCCGGGACCGGCACCGUCCUGAGCGCCGACCCGGUCACCGCCGACACCUGCAGGGAGCUGGAGAACCGCGUGCGCGGCCGGAACCAGCGCUGACCCAGACCGAGCGCUAACCCAGACCCAGCGCUAACUUAGACCCAGCUCUGACCCAGACCCAGCGCUAACUUAGACCCAGCUCUGACCCAGACCCAGCGCUAACUUAGACCCAGCGCUAACUUAGACUGAGCGCUAACUUAGACCGAGCGCUAACCCAGACCCAGCGCUAACUUAGACCCAGCGCUGACCCGGACCGAGCGCUGACCCAGACCCAGCGCUAACUUAGACCCAGCGCUAACUUAGACCCAGCGCUAACCCAGACCCAGCGCUAACUUAGACCGAGCGCUAACCCAGACCCAGCGCUAACUUAGACCGAGCGCUAACCCAGACUCAGCGCUAACCCAAACCUAGCGCUAACCCAGACCCAGCACUAACCCAGACCCAGCGCUGAUCCUGACCCAGACCCAGCGCUGAUCCUGACCCAGACCCAGCGCUGAUCCUGACCCAGUUCUGACCCAGAUGUCACCGACAUACUGAACCAUACAUUCUGUUUUUACAGUGCCAUGUACCACCUGUUUUAUAAAGCUAAACAUGUACGCACCUGAGAAUAAACUGAUGAUAAACAAAUGAUGCUUUUGAAGGUGCCACAUGUCACAAUAAAAGAAAGUAAUUGAUUAUUUUGA